AUGCCUAGAUUAUGCGGCGCCGCGUGCCACGCCUUCCACGCCCUCCGCCUGACCCUCGCGCGGAGAACCUCCGACGCUCGCUCCGCCCCCCCCAUGGCGUCAUCGCGCAGCCGCGAAGCACGCCGGGAAACCGAGACGCCGCCCUCUAUUGGUCGAAGCCGAGAAGCGCGCCUCCGCCGCAAAAAAAAAAAACUACGUUACCCGGGAUGCAAAGCGGCGGACGCGCACCGCCUUUUCCGGUCCAAUCUUUCGAUUUUGAUUGGCGCGACGUCGCGGGCCAAAGAAGCGCUUCCGUUUCUGGAGAGCGAGAGGACGGGGCGAGGGACGAGGAAAAACAUGGUCAGUUUGGCAGGAGGCAGAUCCUUCCUCCUCAUGCAGAGGAUUUCGGCUGCUGUGAUUUACCGACGUGGGAUCAGUUCCCUUUUCUCCAUGCCGUUGUCUCCAGAGCCAGCAGCUGCCUGCCGGAGUUUCCCUCAGCUGGUGACGCCAUGGGGCUGCCAACAGAUCCGGACGAAAGCCCGCGGCAAUGAGUACCAACCCUCAAACCUCAAGAGGAAACACAAGCAUGGCUGGAUCAAGCGCAUCCGCACUCGCAGCGGCAUCGAGGUGAUUCUCCGACGGAUGUUGAAAGGCAGGAAGUCUCUGACCCAUUAAAAAAACACCCCCUGCGUCAAAAGCUGCAAACCGGUUCAUUUUGCUGUAAUGCGCUAAAGAGUCUUGCGCACCACAAACUGGAACAGAAGGUCUUCCAUUUCUGCAAUGUCUGUGAGGGUCCUUGCUUGGAUUGCAAGCCAAGGAUUUUUCUAUGGGGAUUUGUCAACUGAAUCGAAACUUUCGCAGGUGUCAUUGCCGUACAGGAAUCAAGAUUUAUUUCCCACCUUUCUGCAAAGCAAAUAAAUUGUUGUUGUUGUUUAGU